AGAUGCUCAUAUGUGAAAUACGGGCCAUCAAAAGGUGACUUAUAUAAGGUAGUGAUAGUCCGAGGAAUGUUUGGAUCAACAAACUAGAGCUUAUCAUCAUGGCAUUUUGUGGCUCUUCUGUACAUUGAUACUAUGGAUCCAUCAUAGCCUUGUAGAUGGCCAUCACCAUCUACUUUUGACCCACAACGACGGGUUUAGGAGGAGCAACCAGUUGAUGUAGUCUCAGAGAUUGCAAUUGCUCCUAAUAAGAGUCAUACUUCUAAUAGUGCCAAUGACACUAUACCAGUUGCUCCCCAUAAGAAAAAUUGGAUGAGGAAAGGCAAAGCCACUAAAGAUACUAGUAGAUGGUAGCAAGAUCCUGUUGGUGCUAGAUAACACUGGAAAUAUCCCAUAGAAUAUUUGGUGGGAUAUUGUUGUUUAAUUAAAGGAUAUCAAAUUGUUCAUUCUUUAUAGUUGAGUCCUUCUUCAUUCAAACUGAUAACGGUCUAUUUAUUAUUUUGGUUAAAUCCCCAUUUUGGUCCAUGAACUAUUAAGGACCAAGUUGGGGUUAAAUUGGUAAACAGUAGGGACCAAAUUGGGCAUCCGUACAAUAUUUUAAGGACUAACUUGGGAGUCCGUACAAUAGUUUAGGGACCAACUCAGGGGUCCGUACAAUAGUUCAAGGACCAAAUUAGGGAUUUCUUUAGUUCAGGGACCAAAUCGGGGUCCGUACAAUAGUUCAGGGACCAAAAUAGGGGUUUAACCUAUUAUUUUCAAAAAUAGUUACCUCAAGCAUAAGACUUUUCAUUCUUUACAGUUGAGUCCAUCUUUAUUCAAAUCAAUAAUGGUCCGCAUAGUAUUUUCAAAAAUUGCCACGCCCCAAAACCCAAAUUCGAGGACGUGGUAGACGCCGUGCACUCGUGAGACGGGUCCCACAAGUGCACAAGGCUCAGAACUUAUUCAAAUCACAAAAUCUCAAGAAUAAAAUCUACCUUACAAAAGGAUGAUAAAAUCUAAAACUUAUACCCAAUUAGAAUGGCUAGCCUUCUACCUCGUCACUCCCUUUGAUUUCCCCGUCCUCGGUUUCGUUUCCUAAAAUGGUGGACAAGGAAAAACUAUGAGAUAACUCGGUAAGUAAAUAUGGAUAGCCCUUGGGCGUCAGUAAUGGUACCAGUGUUUAACAAACUCCCACCGACAGGCGUCAGUAAUAACCAAUGUUUAACCCUAUUGAUAGGGUUACAGAAGUACUAGUGUUUAACAAACUCCCACUGGUAAACGUCAGUAAUGGUAUCAGUGUUUAACAAACUCCCACUAGCAAGCAUCAGUAAUUGUAUCAGUGUUUAACAAACUCUCACUAGCAGGUGUCAAUAAUGGUACCAGUGUUUAACAAACUCCCACUAGCAGGUGUCAAUAAUGGUACCAUUGUUUAACAAACUCCCACUAGCAGG